AUGCGUGCCCAUUUCCAUCCCCGUUCCUGUUCUUUUACCCCGUGUGCCAUUGUAACGGUAUGUAAAGGGGGGUAGAUUUUUGAGACGAGUUGGCGGCAACCAUCAGCCGUGUAGAGAGCGUCGUCAAUGGGAUUUGCGUCUGCCACAUGACGAUUGCGGUACCGGAACUAAGAUUGUACAACUACACUGCUCUUGGGAAGCAGCAGCGGCAGCUGCUGUGGUUAUGGGAGUUUCGGUCUCUUCCUUCUUAUUCUUUCUGCAUUCCUGCCCUUGCUCUCACAAUUGUGACAGCAUAGCGGAGAGUGGCUACAACUGCCUUCAGUCUCAAUCAUGGGGAAGCCGUUUGUGCCCCUCCAUGGUGUUGCGACUGAUAUCAAAGCUCGACUAGCAUGCUACAAGCAGGACUGGAUUGGAGGCUUCAACUCUGGCUACAGGAUUCUUGCUCCAACAGCAUACAUAUUUUUUGCAUCAGCUCUUCCCGUAAUUGCCUUCGGAGAGCAGCUCGAGAGAGAUACAAGUGAGUGUUAUGCACCAACUUUCCCUGUGAAGAUCUUGAUAAUUGACUAUCACGUGUUGUAUUCUGUCUUCAAUUUUUCGUGCUUAGAGAACUCGAUCAUUCUUUCAUGCAUCCUGUGGACAGAUGGUGUGAUAACAGCCGUGCAGACAUUAUCAUCUACGGCCAUCUGUGGAAUUCUGCAAUCAGUAAUUGGAGGUCAACCUCUUCUAAUUGUGGGAGUGUCGGAGCCAACUUCUUUGAUGUAUACGUUCAUGUACCACUUUGUCAAAGGCCGGACGGAAUUGGGAUCAGAGCUUUUCUUAGCUUGGGUGGCGUGGGUAUGUGUGUGGUCAGCUGCAUUUCUUUUUAUCCUUGCUGCCAUUGGGGCUUGUUCUUUCAUCAACAGAUUCACAAGGAUAUCUGGAGAGCUAUUUGGAAUGCUCAUUGCAGUGCUAUUUAUUCAACAAGCAGUGAAGGGAGUCGUUUACGAGUUUUGGGUUCCGGAACGAGAGGACCCAACUCUCGAGCAGUUCCAACACGCGUGGAGAUUUGGCAAUGGCAUGUUUGGAAUAGUGCUCACGUUCGGACUACUAUGGACCGCCAUGAAGAGCAGGAGAGCUAGGUCUUGCCGAUUUGCAUCAGGUUCUAUCAGAGGAUUCAUUGCAGACUACGGUGUUCCUCUCCUGGUCGUACUGUGGACUCUCGUUUCGUAUGCAUUCCGUGCAUCUGUUCCUGAGGGAAUUCCUAGACGCUUGUUUAGUCCAAACCCAUGGUCUCCUGCGGCAACCAGGCACUGGACAAUCCUCCUUGAUAUGUUCAAGAUUCCAUACAUCUUUAUACUAGCCGCAGUACUUCCAGCGUUUGUGAUUGCUGUCCUUUACUACUUCGACCACAGUGUAUCAGCUCAGUUGGCUCAGCAAGAGGAAUUCAACCUGCGGAAACCUACGGCAUACCAUUACGACCUCUUGCUUGUGGGAGGGAUGGUUCUUGUGUGUGGAUUGCUCGGCCUUCCACCGUCUCACGGAGUAAUACCGCAGUCACCUAUGCAUACGAAGGCACUUGUCACAUUGAAAAAAGAGCUUGUGCGAAACAAGCUGGUGAAGCGACUAAAGAGCAACUUAAAGCAAAAAGCUUCGGUGGCCAACCCUCAAACUGAUUUGCAAGAUGAAUACCAGGGGACUGAAUCACCACUUCCUUAUCCUUGCACUCCUCGGGCUUUAAAAGAGCUUCAGUUCAAUAGCGUUCCCAGGAGCCCAGAAAUUCCGAAAGAAGACGCAGUUUUUGAUUUUGAGAAGCAUAUCGACUUGCUUCUUCCUGUGGAAGUCAAGGAGCAACGGCUGAGCAACUUGUUACAAUCGCUUAUGGUUGGAGGGUGCAUAGCCGCAAUGCCUGCCUUAAAAAGGAUUCCGACGUCAGUGUUGUGGGGUUACUUUGCUUUCAUGGCUAUUGAAGGCUUGCCUGGAAAUCAGUUUUGGGAGAGGGUUUGUCUUCUCGUGACUGCCCCUAGUCGACGCCACAAGGUGCUGAGGAAUAACCACCUGAUGUUUGUGCGCACGGUGCCUUUCAAAGUCAUCGCUUGCUUCACAUUGUUCCAGCUCGCCUACAUGUUGAGCUGCUUCGCCUGGACAUGGAUUCCAGUGGGAGGAGUUAUGUUUCCCAUCUUGAUCAUGCUUCUGAUCCCAGCACGCCAACACAUUCUGCCUCGCUUCUUCAACCGCAAACACCUACAGGAGCUCGAUGCAGCAGACUACGAGGAAACUGCCCUGCCAUUCGACCUCGCAGUCAAGGAAGCCGAAGCUGAAGGCCUUGGAAAAGUAAAUGUAGAGGCACAAGAUGAAGAAGCAAUGCCCAAGGUUGUUACCUCAAACCAGGAAGAAGUUAGACACAGUUACACGUUCAGAGGGCAAACUGAUUCACAUCUGGGUGCUCCAACUCCGCAUUUUCCACAUCAAGCCCAUGUUCCUGCCUCCUCCGCUCCAUAAACGUCGUCUGUGAUGAAUUAAUCUGAACUACAACUGCUAAAAAUAUGUGUAGUCAAAUAUGGCAAGCUUGAGGAGGAACAUUCAACUUCUCUGCAUAGGUUAUCGACCAGUAGGGAGAAUGGAUCCCAGUGUCAUUAUAUUUAGAACACUAGUUUGACUUAACUCCUGGAGUAGGGUUCUUAGCCCAAGAGAAGUGAACCAGGAUAAAUGUCGAAGAAACAGUUCUCGCCGCAGACUUGUGUAAAUGGCCUCUUAAGAUAUUGCACCGAUGCAGUGCUCAUAUUAACAUUC